ACCCGUAGUGGCAGAGAAAAAAGAGAUCCAGGUCUGUAUGAUACAUCAAGAGACGCGGAGAUCCCUCAGGAAUAAGUGGUAUACUCUGAAGAGUACACCAUGUCCCGCCCGUCGCCAUACUUUCCGGGCCAUAUUUCAACCAUCCGUGUCCGCUCACCGGCCUUCACAAGUGGUCACAUGAUGAUAUCUCGCUCUCUUCCUCUCUAUCUUCCUCUCCUUAUCCCGUGCAGCUCAGCAGAGAUAUUGUCCAAAUUAUUCGUUCAUCGCCCCCCCCCCCUCCACCUCCUCCAAGCACAAAAGAAACCCUCCUUCAUAUCCAGGAAGCCAGACCGUCCGUCCCGUCGCCCCCGUUGGUCCCUUGGUGUCCCAUGUUUUACCACCACAGGGUCGACCACAGCUUAUCGCCAUUGCACCCCAAGUCCUCCAUCAUUGGCUCCUUGGGGUCAAAGUAGCCAAGGCCGCUUAACACUUCUAGCACAUGUCGUCGAGAUCAUAGCACCAAGCGAAGCCGUUUACGUACUUUGCUCCAGAUAUGUUGCUGGUAGCGGGCAGUCGACGAGAUCUAUCAUCCAUCUCUCUGGUGCAACGAGUUCCGCUCCACGGGUGAGUAAUCCUGGCAGGCGAGCCUGACGUGGCUGCUCUCCUUGUUCAACAGGAUGCCGGUCCCAUAUUGUAUCUUCAGUGAUUACG